AUGAUGGCCGGCGCCCCCGCCGGCCCCGCCGCCGCCGGCCCCGCGGCCGCGGGCGUCGUGCCCAUGACCUUUGCCCAGGCCCAGGCCAUGCAUGCCGAGAUGAUGGCCGCCGCCGCCGCGCAGAACGCCUGGGCGGCCAGCAUGAUGGGAUCGCCUUUGCCCAAGCCGGCCUCUGCCGCCAUGGCCCCCGCCGCCUCCUCGCCCGCCGCCGCCUCGCCCGCCGCGUCGCCCGCCGCCAAGGCAGCGCACGCCAAGCACCUCCGGGCGGCCGCCGCCUCGCCUGCGGCCAAGCCCUCGCCCGCCGCCAAGCCCACGGCGAGCGCCGCCGCCGUGGUUGCGGCCGCCGCCCCCGCCAAGGGCCAGGCCGCCGCGGUGGUCGCGCCCAACGACGCCGGCGUCGCGCGCUCGACCGACCCCUUUGGCAACCCCGUCAUCAAUGCCGGCGGCACCAUGACGGCCGCGAAGGCUUGA